UAAAAGUGUAAUUGUUCACUGCAUCAUUAAUUGACUAUCCCGCUCUAGCAUGGUACGUGGUCACGGUAGCGAGCAAACGCACAGUAGAAGCCAAAUAGACGCCGAGCAGACGCUGUGGCGCAGGUGAACAUUUGCAAUGUAAUUCGCCCGUACUACCUGUUAAGGAGGCUGCAAGUUAACUCCACGCAAAGCGUAUAGGUAAUCUGCAGCCUUGCUGUCGGAUGCAUGUAAGUGCAGCUUAUGACUACGGCGUCAAAAUAUUUUUGCCGUCAAUCCACAAACAACGGAGCAUGUAACAUGAAAGCAUGCAGACCCUGAGCAGACGACGCGGUGCAGAUGAGCACAUCUCUAGGGGCAUAAGGCCUUCCUAUUGGCUAAACCAGCUUGUAAGAUAGACCCCCUCUGUAAUACCUUUGUGUUCUUGAGGCUAUUAAAAAUGAAAUAGCCAUUGCGCAAACGACAGGUGCCUUCAGCGUACAAAUGUGCAUUGAUAGAUGGCGGACCCAUGCCCUACUCUUGCUGCCUGCGGGAGCCAUAUACAGUAACUCAAUGAACCGUCGAUGAACCCCGAUGAUUUGAAGGUAUGAGCUUCUAUGGAAGCCUCGCUACUAGGUAUAUUUACCUUGCACGGAAGUAGUCCAACUGUGAAAAUUUACUCUGUCGUUUGGAUGGGUUUGCCCGGCGUAGAAGCAUAUCAGAUCAUUUAUAUAUAACGGCCAAAUGCUUCUCCCUAAACCAAGCUUAGGGAGAAGGCGGCAGUUUUCUGUCCAAGAAAUUUGUAGCACGGCCUCGUGUGAGAGGAGACUGUUACAAUGUCAACCUUCGUCCUAGCACAUGCCUCUGAGCCGUUGUACUCAAGGGACCCACUGAGGCUGUCGCGCUACUCGUAAUGAACCAUCAUUUCUCCACUUUUUAUACAUGUUACACUAUCUCAACCUUUUUGCACAUCUUAUACUCAUAGCAUACCGCACUUCAGUCAUUCACAAAUUUUUAAUUCCUUUGUAUUUUAAUCAAUUUACAGCUCUGUGCUUUAGGCCUCUGUACCGCAUCGCCACAUGAGCAAUUAGGCCUUUGAGUACUUAUAGUUACUGCCUUGGCGCUCUGGAGCCACACUUGGCCCUCGCGCCAUCAAACACAACAUAUCAUCAUCAUCAGCUUCCUCUUACGAUGUGUCGUAGUAAUUUCACAUUGGGUAACUUUUCACUUCACAACACAUCAAGGCUAUAUGUUGUUCAUGGCAUAAAAAGGGACAGGUUAGGAACGACAAGGACAAAUACAUAACGUCUUCUUGACACCCUUUCCAUUUAAUAUCUCAUUUGUUGUGCCAUGAGUGGCGCGUAUAAUCGUGAUGCUUCACCAACUAGCCCCCGUAGUAGCAUUGCUAACUCUCACCACCUACCAAGCUCGCUUCCUCGCCUAGAUCUGUUGUUUCCAUGUCCUGCGCCUACCUAAGGUAUUGAGAAUUAAGAUUGAGAAUUUAUAGUCCCCCAGGAAGUCUACGUAUCACGUAAGGCGAUUACUUUUCCUUCUGACAGCAAAAGCUGCUCUCUUCGACGUAGUUGGUUACACACAUCUCGCUCCUAAUUUGAUUACAUGGAUUAGGACAAGGAAUGAGUAUUCGAUAAAUGAAUGUUGAAAAGAAAUGAUUUUUUUUAGACAGUGAGGAAUAGAGUAAGACGGGAUGGGAGGGACCGUCAGGUGCGUCUUAAGGCGCUUUUGGUGCAUACUAUUGCAAUGUGAUACAUACAGAUUGGAAAGGCGCAAAGAAUCAUUUCUUUUAUAUUUUGAUACAGAACUUAUGAUUAAAUUUUCUAUUCCUAGCGUUGCAUCAGCGACAGUGGAUUGCUAUGGAGAAAGGGCGUGGUUACUGUUUAAUACUGUUUACGCUCGCAUCUUCGGUGGUGUUGACCAGCGAAUCAAAUCCGACGGCACUCAAGCUAUUAAGAAGACUGUGGAAAUACAGUUGUGAGGAGCCACAAAUGGAACCAGUGGGGGACUGCACCGCAAAUAUAAACAAAUACUUCUUCAACAAAACCGCGAACAUGUGUCAAAAGUUUUACUGGAAUGGCUGCCUUUCCAGAGGCGUGUACGAAACACGCUACGCAUGCGCACUCAAUUGCAACGAAGGUGAAGCAGCUGCAUUCUGUGCAAAACCUCAUCCUGGCGGAUGCGAGACAAGAAAGACUCGAAGCUGGAGACAACCACACUACGAAAUGGAUGCGUUUUAUUAUGACAUCAGGAUGAGGGCGUGCAAGUCUUUUACGUUCUGUGGGCCCCCAGUACCACCAGACUCAAACUUUUUCACCAGCCUGUCGAUGUGUCUCAUGGAAUGCGAAUGUCCUCUCCUGCAAGGGAAAAACAACCUAUUCAAUAAAGCACUCAAGACCAGCUUGAAGAAUGGCCACAUGAAUCAGCGUCUUUUGCAACACAGAUGCAGAUAAUAAAGAAAAUAGUGUGACUUACUCCCUAUAAUAGUCGGCAACAUACAUUUCAUCACGUCGUCUUAGAGUGCUUCAGCAUAUUUUUAAACUCUGACUAGAUUUAGCAGGGACACCCUGUAUGUGGCCGUCGGUGAAAGGACAAUGGCCAUUAUUUAUUCCACAGAUGUCCUUUACUGCAACGGAAAAACAACCUAUUCAAUGAAGCACACAUGACGAGCUUGAAGAAUGGCCACAUGAAUCAGCGUCUUCUCCUUUUUUUUCUUCUUUUCCCUAACGUACGCCAUCGUACGCACAUUUUAGAUGCUUGCACUCGCCAUUGUUUACAUGCUUUUUUUUUUUCACUGAAAAAGAAAACUCAUUCUUUUGAGGUUUAGAAACUCUCCCUCAUACUUCUACGUGUCAGUUACGCUCUGUUUCGAGGAAUACGCGGGGUGUCAUUGAAAGAGCAGUUAGGCAUUACAAAUGCUGUUUCAACGCUUCCUGUUACUCCUAGACAACUUCCCUGUCAGACUAGAUAUCCGACCAAAGAGACAAUAGUCGGAGGUACUCAUUGAGUAGGUAAAAUGUUCGAGCUGCACGCUUUCAUUAUACACUAUGCAACGACGUAUGCAUGCGUUUAUAAACUAGACAGAACAAUGCGCAGCAGCUUCUUAAACCGCUCCUUUAA